GUGGAGGCCUCUGGGCAGGGGGGCGGGGCGGGGCCUGCCCGGGGGCGGAGCCCUCGAGAGGCGGCCGCCCGCGAUUCGCCGCCUCCGCGCAGGCCCCGCCUCUCGGGCGCCAUGGCUCCGCCCCUUCCCUCCUCCUCUAUGGCGCCUCCCAGGCUCAUUCAUUCGGCGCCGGGCCUGCUGGACACCUGUUCUCAGAUCCCGACGCCGCCGCCGUCCGCCGUCGCAGCCAACAUGUCCGGCCCCACCACAGACACGCCGGCCGCCAUCCAGAUCUGCCGGAUCAUGCGUCCAGAUGAUGCCAACGUGGCUGGCAAUGUUCAUGGAGGGACCAUUCUGAAGAUGAUCGAGGAAGCCGGGGUCAUCAUCAGCACCCGGCACUGUAACAGCCAGAAUGGGGAGCGCUGCGUGGCUGCCCUGGCCCGGGUGGAGCGCACUGACUUCCUGUCACCCAUGUGCAUCGGUGAGGUGGCUCACGUCAGUGCAGAGAUCACCUACACUUCCAAGCACUCUGUGGAGGUCCAGGUCCACGUGAUGUCGGAGAACAUCCUCACAGGUACCAAAAAGCUGACCAAUAAGGCCACCUUGUGGUAUGUGCCCCUGUCAUUGAAGAAUGUGGACAAGGUCCUAGAGGUGCCUCCCAUUGUGUAUUUUCGGCAGGAACAGGAAGAGGAGGGUCGGAAACGCUAUGAAGCCCAGAAGCUGGAACGCAUGGAGACCAAGUGGAGGAACGGAGACAUUGUCCAGCCUGUCCUGAACCCAGAGCCGAACACGGUGAGCUACAGCCAGUCCAGCCUGAUCCACCUGGUGGGGCCCUCGGACUGCACCCUUCAUGGUUUCGUGCACGGAGGUGUCACCAUGAAACUCAUGGAUGAAGUGGCUGGGAUUGUGGCUGCACGCCACUGCAAGACCAACAUAGUAACUGCCUCUGUGGAUGCCAUUAAUUUCCAUGACAAGAUCCGGAAAGGCUGUGUCAUCACCAUCUCCGGACGUAUGACCUUCACAAGCAAUAAGUCCAUGGAAAUUGAGGUCCUGGUGGACGCUGACCCUGUGGUGGACAACUCACAGAAGCGCUACCGGGCUGCCAGUGCCUUCUUCACCUAUGUGUCCCUGAACCAGGAGGGCAAGCCGCUGCCUGUGCCUCAGCUUGUGCCGGAGACGGAGGAUGAGAAGAAGCGCUUUGAAGAAGGCAAAGGCCGGUAUCUGCAGAUGAAGGCGAAGCGACAGGGCCACACAGAGCCUCAGCCCUAGGUCUUCCUCUCGUCCCUGGUCAGCACCGUUGUGGCAAUAGCCCAUGUGCAGUCACUUAGAAGUUAGCCCCUUGGCCAAACCCCCGAUUUCCGCUGAGAGCUGGUGUUGUGUGAAGUAUUGUGUGGCAGUGUUACCUAUGGCCCGUUCCCAAAACCCGUGCACCAAAGCUUUAUUUAUAGCCCUCCAGUAACGGCUCCCCAGUGUUGUCCCAAAGGCCACCAUGGACACCAGAGCACACUGACUGGCCUGAAGAAGCCAGCACCACUAAUAAAGCUGCUGUCUGGUUGGACCCACGAA